CUUCAGCCCUCUUCAGGCGGAUUUUCAAGGCGAGACCGGAAGUGCGUUCAGUGAGUGUACACGCAGAGGAAAGCAGUCAGCACUGAGGUCAUCUGCUUCAAGGUGUACCUGAACCUUACCUGUGGUGAUUUAGCAAGAAGCUGAUAGGAUGUCUGGAGAUUUGCCUCUGAAUAUCAACAUUAAGGAACCACGAUGGGACCAGGGCACGUUUAUGGGCCGAGCUCAGCACUUCUUCAUGGUGACGGACCCCAGAAACGUGCUGCUGUCCAGUGAGGUUUUAGAGGAUGCCAGAGCUACUGUGGAGAACUACAGGUUGGGAAUUUUGAAGCCUGGGCUAACAGAAGAUCAGCUAUGGAGGGCCAAAUACAUCUACGACUCUGCUUUCCACCCAGACACAGGAGAGAAAAUGCUGCUAGUUGGACGCAUGUCUGCACAAGUGCCCAUGAACAUGACCAUUACGGGUUGCAUGCUUACCUUUUACAGGACAACCCCAGCAGUGGUGUUCUGGCAGUGGGUAAACCAGUCCUUCAACGCCAUUGUCAACUACACUAACCGCAGUGGAGAUGCGGCAAUCACCAUGAAUCAGCUUGGAGCAGCCUACGUUAGUGCUACAACUGGAGCUGUAGUAACAGCCCUUGGACUGAAGUCUCUGACCAAGCACUUGCCAGCUAUUAUGGGGCGUUUUGUUCCAUUUGCUGCAGUGGCAGCAGCAAACUGUAUCAACAUACCCUUCAUGAGACAAAGAGAGCUGAAGUGUGGCAUUCCUGUUACCGAUGCUGAGGGAAAACGUCUCGGAGAAUCAAGUAAAGCUGCUCAGCAAGCCAUCGUACAGGUGGUGGUGUCUCGUAUCGGCAUGGCAGUGCCAGCUAUGGCUAUUCCUCCAGUUAUCAUGAAUGCCUUAGAGAAGAAGGCCUUCAUGAAGCGGUUCCCGGUUCUCAAUGCCCCUGUACAAGUUGGACUUGUUGGAUUCUGUCUGGUGUUUGCCACUCCGCUGUGCUGUGCUCUGUUCCCACAGAAGAGUUCUAUGAAGGUGAGCAGCCUGGAGCCGGAGCUUCAAGAGAGUAUACGACAAAGCAAUCCUAACAUCACUACUGUUUAUUUUAACAAGGGUCUGUAGAGAGGUCUAGGUUGUGGCCCAUGUUGAUGUCCUCCACUGCACUGGAGGUUAAGUGGGCAUAACUUGAAGGGUAGAACAUAUUUAUUUUUGUUUUGCUAUUCGGAGUUAUAUAUUUUUUGACAAUUUUACCCAUGUUAUUGUACUAUCCAAAAUGACUAUAUGUACAGUGAAGGUCAGAACUUACUGCUGGAUUUAGUUAAAGAUGCUUGAAUGUUAACCGCUGCAUUGCUUUACACCUCCAUCUUAUGUUGACCACACACACGUAGACUUAUUUACCAAUAUAUUCACUACUUUGAUUUAUACUAGAUUAUCAUAGGCAUGUUGUAUGAUUUUUUUUUUUUUCCACUAAUGAUCUUUGGCUCGGAACUUUCUAAGAUUUCCAGGUUUGUGGCUCGAACGUCUCUCCAGCUCCACUUUCCCAUGUGCGUUGUUAGUAAAGACAGUUAAGGAAAUUGGGUUUUCAUCUUUAUUCUGCCAGAAGGAGUAUUUCCACCUUUCAUGCUCCACUAUGUGCCCAUUAAGUGCACUUACACAGUGAAUGCAGUGUGCUUUACUCUGUACUACAAAAGAAACCCUGAGAUGUGCAAACACUCCUUCAUGAUCGCAUCAAAAAUUAUCGGGUGACUAUCACUGAUAUAAUUUCCUGCAGGCCAUACUUCAUUAUUUCUGA